UCAAGUAUGGACUUCAGGCGGGGGACUUCAUGCUGUCCUCCAGCAUUCUGCUGUCGGGGAACAACUACAGCAAGGUCAGCCUGAUGUCCAGCUUCAUGAACCUGGGGUGUGUCUGUGAGACAACAUUUCUGAGAGUCCAGAGGCAGUACUGUGUGCCUGUCAUAGAGACCUUCUGGCAGCGCAAACUGCAGGCCCUUGUAAGAGAAAUGAAGAGGAGGGACAAGGUCGUUCUGCUUGGAGACGGACGGAUGGACUCACCAGGACACAAUGCACAGUAUUGCACGUACACUGUCCUGGAUGGGAACACAAGGGCCAUCGUUGCUGUGGAAGUGGUGGACAAGAGGCAGACAGACAGAAAGUCUUCAAUCAUGGAGAAGAGGGGGUUUGAGAAAGCCAUGGACAAACUCUUGGAGGCAAGGGUGCCAAUUGAAGAGGUUUGCACCGAUGCACACCCACAAAUUGGUGCACUGAUGAAUGCUGACAAAGGGAAAUACGGAGUAAAGGGAAUAUUUCAUUCCCUAGACGUCUGGCAUGGAGCCAAAAACCUCAUGAAGAAGCUGAUUGCAGCUGGACAGGAGAAGUCCUGUACAGACCUAAAGCAGUGGACCAGGGACAUCAUCAACCACUUCUGGUGGUGCUGCAACAAGGCCAGUACAUUUGGCGAAUUCAUUGUACUGUGGAAAGGUGUCUUGCACCACGUGUGCGAUGUGCACACAUGGGCCAUGGGUCAGUGUGACCAUAACCCAAUCAGUGCAGACACUCCCCGGACGAAAACCUGGCUCGUGUCUGGUUCCCCUGCCCACAAGAAAUUGGCAACGAUCAUACUAAAUCCAAGGUGGCUGAAGACCACCCACAAGUACCUACGCUUCCGAACGACAUCAGACCUGGAGUCCUUCCAGAAUCACAUACUGAUGUAUGCAUCUAAGAGGUACGCCUUCAGCCCCCCGGUCUACGAGGCCAGGUGCCAGCUUGCUGCCCUAGACUACAACGAGCACAAGGACAGGGCAGUGUGGAAAGCCAAGGAUGGACAUAUCAAGUACAAGAGACGGUUCCAGAAGAAGUCUGAGCGUUGGUCAAUCUAUGUGCCUCGGGAACCGAAGAAGUACCUCUACAUCAAGGACCUGCAGGCAGAGAUCGUUGACAAGAGAGCCGACUCCGGGAGAGGCAUGAGCACAACACAGCCCAUGUCUGAAACAGAUCCCAGGAGGCUCGGUACCCUAGCUAAGAUACCUCCAGUGCCGACCAAUGUGCUGGUAGAGCAGCACAGGUCGAGGACAGACUUGCCUACACAGGGUUCAUUAACCGCAUAGGGUCAGGGUAAGGGUUAGUGUAACUGUUACAUCUAAAACAGUCUAUUUACACGGAAGCCAGUGUAAUGUCCAUUGACAUCCGGGAACUCGUCCCGGAUGCGCCAGACACAGCAGGAGGGUAUGACCACCCUGUUACCCUCCCCAAGGCGCCCAUGCUGCCACACCACAAACUGCCUGUAGGCAGCAUGUCUAAACUCUCGGUGGUCCGCCCCUGGCUCCUGGUCUUCCUGCAAGGCCAGGAGAUCGUUCCUGGUGUCCCUGUUGAGCUGCAGGACUCCCCGCUGCAGGAUGUACAAGUCAAUCUCCUGAAAAGGAUAAGAGUUCUUACUUGAUUGCUUGACAUACUAUGUCCUGCUUUUUGUGUAAUAUGGAUAUUGUAAGAGAGUAAAAGAGUUGUAAAGAGUGUUUGAAACAGAGCAAACAAGUAACAAUGAACAACGAUGUGGAGAAAUAUUUUUGUAGGGAACAAUUAUAGACUUGUAUACAAGUAAUAGGUAUAGAUAAAGCAAGGUACAUUUAUUGGUAGUAGAACUCUGAUCCUGUUACAUACCUAUACAUAAUACCAAUGUGCAAGUUGGAUGACAUGUUUACAUAGUGCUAUUUUGUUUUCAUACAGUUGAGUUCCCUUGUAGGUUUUGUAUAGAUAACAGGUAUUUUUGUAAAACUGCUGUGAAAUGUUUUACCUUUAUGUAUAUUGGUCUGUACUCUAAAGUUUUCUAGUGGUAGGUUGCAUGACAAAUGGAUUUCAUCUGGAACUUUGCGCCUUGAAAUAUGUAUACAGGGAAAUACCAUGUGCUAUUCAUUGUACUGUCAACAUGAAUUGUGAUAUGAUUCUGAUAUGUAUGCAAUACGACGUGAUGUGAA